AUGAUUAUAGGUUCCUUAAAUAUUAGAGGGGGCGCGAAUGCGUUAAAGAGGAGAAGGAUAAAAGCUUUGAUUAAAAAGGGUAAGGCGGUGAUUUUUAUGAUUCAAGAGACAAAAAUUUCUUCUUUGAAGGACAAUUUGGCGAGGAGUUUUUGGAGUUCUUUGGAGGUUGGUUAUUCUUUUUCCAAUUCGACGGGUAUGUCAGGAGGUUUGUUGACUUUGUGGAAUACCAGUAAAGUGGAAGUUGUUCAUAGUUUUAAAGGCGGAGGCUUUUUGGGUAUUAAAGUUGUUUGGAAGGGUCAUUUUUAUUAUGUUGCUAAUGUUUAUUCGUCUUGUGAGUUGGCUAAUAAGAGAGCGUUGUGGGAGGAGCUUUUAAGGUUGAAGAACAUCUAUAUUGAUGGGGAGUGGAUCAUAGGAGGAGACUUUAAUGCGGUUAAAGAUAGAAGUGAGAGGAAAGGAAGAUCCGGGGCGGUGAACAACAUGGAAAUGAGCUUGUUCACGGAGUUCAUUGACAAAAGCCUUUUGUUGGAUUUCCCUUGCAAGGGGAAGAAAUUCUCGUGGUAUAGUGGUGAUGGAAAAUUGAUGAGUAGAAUUGAUAGGUUCCUUGUGGCGGAUAAUGUAGUGAAUAGAUGGGGAGUGAAUUGGCAAUUGAUUGGCGAAAGGGAUAUUUCCGAUCAUUGUCCUAUAUGGUUGGAAGUGGGUGACUUGAAUUGGGGACCGAAACCCUUUAGAUUUAAUAAUCAAUGGUUUUCUCAUGAAGCAUUUAUACCUUUUGUGAAGAAGGAGUGGUUGAAUUUGAAACUUAAUGGGAGGGGGGAUUUUGUUCUUAAGGAAAAGCUUAGGCUUCUAAAGGAAAAGUUGAGAGUGUGGAAUAGGGAGGUUUUCGGCCGGUAUUAUUUGGAGGUGGAGGAAGGGGUUAGUGAUUUGAACGUUGUUGAUGGAAGAUUGGAGGUGGAUUCCGAGGAUUUGCUUGUUGAAAAUUUAGAAAAAAGGAAGGAAGCGACUAGCCGGAUUUGGAGGAACUUGAUAAUUAAAGAAAACAUGCUUCUCCAAAAAGCUAGGUUGAGGUGGAUGACGGAGGGUGAUACUAAUAGUGGUUUUUUCAUAAAGUCAUGA